AUGGAUGCUAAGCACAGUCAGAUUGGAUUUGAAAUAGAGGCGCUACAAUGUUUACUCAUUCUGUCAGACCCAGACUUUGAAAACAAUCAAAUCACUAAGACACCAUCAGACUCACCAUCCACCACAAUGACCAACCCAAUUCCAAUUCUCCCAAAAUUCACCACACCUGUUGAUACACCAACCAGCACAUCACACAGUCACAACACCAUAGACACAACCCCAACCUCUACCCAGACCCAGCCUAGUACCCCAACCCAGUCUCCAACCACCAUCCCAUCCACAGGCAAAGACACCUUCACCCUAACAUCCCAGACUACAUCCCAACCAAUCAUACCACAAAAUCCACAAACACAUCAAACCAUCACCACACCUCAAGCACCUAUCACUCCCACCAACACACACCACACAACCACCAUAUUCAACAAACUUGUUGAACUCAACCACCGCAAAAAUUACCAUCAACGACAAUUGACCAUCCUUAACAAACACCUAACAAACCACACAGCACCAGCGGGUCUCGACAUCAGUGUUUUUUCUCCAACUGGACUAAGCCCUCACGCCAAAACAACAAUACGAUCAGUGAAAUCAAACACGAACGUACGUAUGCUAAACUAUAACGUAAGCGAGCAAGAAGAUGUGAUUGCAAAUUUAAUGAAUUUGCCCGUAGCUGAAGAUGAAACCAAAUUAGUUCCGAUUGUUAAGGUACGUUCUUUUUAUAAACUUCAAUUCCAUGAUUAUAUAAAUUGUUUCUCAAAAUUUAUUUACAUCUAUAGAUAUUCGUUGGUUAUACAACCAGAGUAAUUGAACACGAAUGCGAGGGAGUAGAAAAGAGUCUUGUGAAAAAUCUGGCUGCUAAGGACUACAAAACUGCGUCACAUGCAGCAUUUAACCAUCCAAAUAUGAAAGUUUUUUGCUUAAGAAAUUUUAUGCUGAAGCUCGGACUGAAUUAAAGAACUAUUCCAAAAUGAAGUUGUCCGUUUUCCGUUUUGAUGAUUCUUUUCAGAAGCUUGCCGAGUAUAAAGGGAUUGACUUGAUAAACGAUUGUCAGGCAAAAUUACCUCUCACGUACGGUUUUGUAUCGAACAUUGCAAGUAAAAAAUCUCAGAAAACAGCUAUGAGCAAGAAAGUGCUUGCAUUGUCAUCAGUAUUAAACAGUUGGAUUCCGAAGUCAAAAUUUGUGUAUAGGUGUAAUGUUAUACUUACUGCCGGUGGAUGUAAGAAAGCAGAGAUCGAAACGUUUCACAAGCUUGGUAAGUACAUAAAUUAUUAAUUUCAAUAUCUUGAAAUUCAGCACCACAAUGAAAUCAUGAAAAUGUAGCCUCGUUACAAGAGCAUUUUAAAUCUUUAUUUGGACGGUACACAGGCUCCACGUUUGUUACUGCCUUACUGAAAUUGUUACCACUUUUGUAACAAUUUCCAUGCGUAAUACAAAAAUUUUCAAAAUUUACAAAUUUCACAGGGCAACAUUUUGUACACUUUACAACAUUUUGCAACCAAACUUUACAAUUUCACUAAUUUCAUUGCGUCCUUUUACGCUGUGGUGAUUGAUUCCUCUUUAUUUGCCUAUAUAAACUAAAAUUUAGUGUAUAUAGGAAAAUUGCCCAUUCGUUAUUUAUAGUAACUGCAGAGCAACCAGACGUGAAGUUGAGUGUGGAAUGUACAUAGGCUCACAUAUACAUAAAAAGUAAAAUUUAAUAUUAAACGUCAAUAAUGUAAUUUUUAUGCAUUUUAAUUAAAUUAGGUAUGGGCAGUCAUCCUCGUACAGUGAACAACAUGCAAGACAAAAUGUCACAAUUGUUUGACCAAAAUGUACUUGUGUGGAAAAAUGAAAUUGUGAAAUCGUUUUCUGAAAAAAGGUUUCUUCAGAAGUCGUUGAAGCGCAGCACAAUACGGACAUAGAAGAUGCCAUGGAACUAUGUACCAUCAACCUCAACAAGGAUGCUGUAGAAUCAUGUGAAAGUUACACAGAGGACUUUACAAUGGAUGCAUGUCCAAAUUACCUGUCAGUGAUUCGAAUGUUUAUGAUGUAGGAGAAGUUUUAAAGAUCAUCAUCAGCAGUUAUAAUAACCAAGAUAGGAGAUACAGGUACAUUUCUCAGGCUGUACAGUAUUUUAACAUGCAGGGAUUUAAUUUGCAUGUACAUAAAGAUAUCUUGGCAAGCCCAAUUACAAUGUAACACAUAAUAUCAUUAUUAUACAAAUAAAUGAUACUUUGGUAUAUUAGGGAUAUAAAAGUUGUUUUUGGUGAGUAUGGUAUGUUGCAUAUUAUUAGUAAAAUGCUAACUGCAUUGUAUGUUAAGAUUUUUUUAUUCAAAUGUAGGAUAGUUGGAGAUAACUGGGAUAUAGACGUGAAGUCUCGAAGUCAAACAACUACAGUAAAAAUGAACAAAUCACUCCACUAUUUUCAUAUGUAUGCUGUAGCUGACAGAGUUUACCAAGAGAAUGCAAGCAGGUCCAAACCACAAAAGAGUAUCAAAUCAUUAAGUAUGGAUGAGUUUCUUCCAACACCUGUUGUUCAAGAAGCAUUUGUUGAAGAUUUGACUUAUAUCAUUCCUCAUAUAUUG